AUGGCUAUCCUCGGCAUCGGCGUCGACCUCGUCCAUGUCCCGCACAUCGCGGCUGCCCUUUCACGGCAUCCCUCCCGCUUCCCGGGACGUAUCUUGAGCACUAGCGAGCUCUCGGACUGGCGCAAGCUUGCGGACGCAGCAGCUGCCGAGCGCGUGCGGUUUUUGGCUGUGAGAUGGGCAGUGAAGGAGGCGGCGUACAAGGCCCUUUCUGCGGCCUACCGGCCUGUGUGGCACGAACUCACGUACGCGCAUGGCCUGGACGGCCGACCGAUGCUCCAGUAUCAGCCGAAGGAGGGGCCGACGCCGCGGCUCAAGGCGCUGCACACAUCGGUUAGCCACGAUGGGGAGUAUGUGAUUGCGAAUGUCCUCGCGGAGGAAGGGGGCGGUUGCAACCGAGCGACCCCCGCGAAGGCGCCCACCUUCGCGCGCCCGCGCGCCGGCCUCAAGGCCUGA